AUGGUCGUACGGCAUGAAUUUUUGAGUUGGAUAGAUAAGAAACCCCCUCCUGAGGCACCGAUGGACUAUUACGGUGUAACAUUCGACCAUCUCGUCCCAGAUAAUGAUACCAAUCCCGAGGUUUUACAAAUCAAUAUCACUGAGGUUGAGAAUGAUGGUGGUGUUGAUGCAAACGCAUGGCAUUUAUUUCCUGUUGAUCCGGCUGAGUACAUUGGCGAGAAAGUACUCGCUGUGCCACGAUGUUGUCAGAAGAGGAAGGGGACCCAGGAUCAAGGGCGAGUUAAUAUGCUUGUGAAUGAGAGAGUUACCAAUAGAAGGAACUGA